CAACCUUUCUUCCUUCCACCCUCUCCCACAUCCUCUCUCGACACCCCUCAUCUCGAGUGCAACAACUCAGCUUCUCGCAAGCAACGCACUCAGUUGAGAACUACACGUCGACUGCCGACUCUUCCACUCACAAACACUCGACGGUCACUACCUUCAGCGCCCCAACAUGUCUUACGGCGGCGGCGGUUACGGUGGCUCCCGUGGCGGCGGCGGCGGAGGCUACGGCGGCAGCAACGGCUACUCCAAUGGAGGCGGCGGCGGCUACUCAAAUGGCGGCGGCUAUGGCGGAGGCGGUGGUGGCUACUCCAACGGUGGCUCGAAUGGCUACGGCGGUGGAGGCUACGGCGGUGGUGGUGGCGGCGGCGAUCGCAUGAACAACCUUGGCGCCGGUCUGCGCACACAGCAGUGGGAUCUGAGCACUCUGCCCAAGUUCGAGAAGUCCUUCUACAAGGAGCACCCAGAUGUUGCAGCCCGCUCGCAAGCCGAGGUCGACGACUUCCGCCGCAAGCACCAAAUCACCGUGCAAGGUCGCGACGUUCCAAAGCCAGUCCACACAUUCGACGAGGCUGGAUUCCCCAACUACGUGAUCAACGAGGUCAAGGCCCAAGGCUUUGCCAACCCAACCGCCAUUCAAUCUCAAGGCUGGCCUAUGGCUCUUUCUGGUCGCGACGUUGUUGGUAUCGCCGAGACUGGUUCCGGAAAGACCCUCACCUACACACUACCCGCCAUCGUCCACAUCAACGCACAGCCGCUCCUCGCCCAAGGUGACGGGCCCAUUGUCCUUAUUCUGGCUCCAACUCGCGAAUUGGCUGUUCAGAUUCAAGAGGAGGUGAGCAAGUUUGGAAAAUCAUCGCGCAUUCGCAACACAUGCGUCUACGGCGGUGUGCCAAAGGGCGGUCAAAUCCGUGACCUUGCACGCGGUGUCGAGGUCUGCAUUGCCACUCCAGGUCGUCUCAUCGACAUGCUCGAGGCCGGCAAGACCAACCUCCGCCGUGUUACCUACCUUGUCCUUGAUGAGGCCGAUCGUAUGUUGGACAUGGGUUUCGAACCACAAAUUCGCAAGAUCAUUGGUCAGAUUCGCCCAGACCGUCAGACAUGCAUGUGGUCUGCUACUUGGCCAAAGGAGAUUCGCCAGAUGGCGAACGACUUCCAACAGAACUUCAUCCAGGUCAACGUUGGUUCGCACGACUUGCACGCCAACGCCCGCAUCACUCAAGUCGUUGAGGUCGUCUCAGACUUCGAAAAGCGUGACAAGAUGUUGCGCCAUCUCGAGAAGAUCAUGGAGGACAAGGGUCACAAGAUUCUGAUCUUCACCAGCACAAAGCGUGUCGCCGACGACAUCACCCGUUUCCUUCGCCAAGAUGGCUGGCCCGCCCUCUCCAUUCACGGUGACAAGCAGCAAAAUGAGCGUGAUUGGGUGCUCAACGAGUUCAAGACGGGCAAGAGCCCAAUCAUGGUUGCCACCGACGUGGCUUCCCGCGGUAUUGACGUCAAGGACAUCACUCACGUGUUCAACUACGACUACCCAAACAACUCCGAGGACUACGUGCACCGUAUCGGUCGUACUGGUCGUGCCGGUCGUAUGGGUAUUGCCAUCACCCUGUUCACCACAGACAACUCAAAGCAGGCUCGUGACCUCGUGAACAUCCUUCGUGAGGCCAAGCAGCAGAUCGACCCACGUCUCGAGGAGAUGGUCCGCUACGGAGGCGGUGGCGGUGGUGGUGGCUGGCGCGGUGGUCGGGGCGGUCGCGGUGGUGGCCGUGGCGGCUGGACCGGUGGGAAUAACGCUCCUCUCGGUGGCAACCGCCGCUGGUAGAUGCACCAACUCGAGCAGAUGCGCUCUUGCUUUUAUUGACUGCAUUCCGGCAUGGCGUUACGAGUAGAAAGGACAACAAGGGAAAUGGCUUUUGUUUUGAAUGGCAUGGAUGAUACCGCUGCUGAAAGUGCGUUGACAAGGCGUUCUGGACCAAAAGAAUGGGUGUUUAUUGUACCAUGCAUCGGCUCUGGGAUUGAGCUACGAAGGCUCUGCGUGCAGCGAAGCGGCCUAUGAGAUAGAUUGGUUGACUGUGUACUUUGAGAGAAAUGAACGUGUCGAAGC